ACCUGAGUCACACCUGUCUUCACCUGUGCUACACCUGUACUCACCUGAGUCACAUCUGAGUCACACCUGUCCUCACAUAAGCUGCACCUGAUCGUCACCUUAUCCAUAUUAAAGUCAUAAGUCAUGCUGUCAGUUAUCCUGAUGUAAACGAUAAAUAAAUAACUUUGCAGGUAAAUUAAACUUAGUAAACGAUAUAUUACCAAACAAAAUGAUCUUGGUGCGAAUCCCCCAAAACUCUGGUAAGAAAGUGAAGGCACCAAGGCAAAAAUGCUUUUCUCUUCUUUUUAAUGUUCUCUUUGUUCUUUAGUCUUUAUAAACAGAGCCUUACAAUAAAACAAAUGUUUUCGCCGAAGCCUUUUUCAGGGAUAUUUUAUCGUACUGCUCCGUUUAGAUCGACUAAAGAACAUAAACUAAUAGACUAACAUCUCCAGGCAAGAGCUGAUAAAUAAUUAGGUGAGCAGACAAAAUGGGCGCACGUUUGGAAAAGCUGCUGAUCUCCUUCUGUUUGCUUUUCCUCUCCGCCUUCGAGGGUUUUUUCCGACGGACGAUUCAGAAGAACCUGAACCCGACGUACGCUUGCAAGUACGAGGCCAAGUGCGUCAUCGACAAGGUCACCAGGAACCAGUGCCAGGAAUGCCGCUUCAAGAAGUGCAUCGCCGUCGGCAUGGCGACGGACUUGGUGCUGGAUGACAGCAAGAGGCUGGCCAAGCGCCGGCUGAUCGAGGAGAACCGGGAGCGGCGGCGGAGGGUGGAGCUGCAGAGGAGCGUCUGGGACAGGCCGGAGCCCACGCCCGAGGAGUGGGAGCUCAUCCACCUGGUCACCGAGGCCCACAUGGCAACAAACGCCCAGGGCAACCACUGGAAGCAGAAACGCAAGUUCCUGGAGGAAGAGACAAUGCUACUUAAUGAAAUAACAUGUAAUUUAUUCUGUGCUUCUGACCAGAGCGACGUUCGAGUGGCCGAAUGCAAGGCGGAGGACAUUGGUCAAGCCCCCAUCCUCAGUGCCCCAGAGGGGAACAAGGUGGACAUAGAGGCCUUCAGUCAGUUCACUAAAAUCAUCACCCCGGCCAUCACCCGGGUGGUGGACUUUGCCAAAAAGCUCCCCAUGUUCUGUGAGCUCCCCUGUGAGGACCAGAUCGUCCUGCUGAAGGGGUGCUGCAUGGAGAUCAUGUCGCUGCGGGCGGCGGUGCGCUACGACCCGGAGAGCGAGACGCUAACGCUGAACGGCGAGAUGGCGGUCACGCGCGGGCAGCUGAAGAACGGCGGCCUGGGCGUGGUCUCCGACGCCAUCUUCGACCUGGGCGUGUCCCUGUCCGCCUUCAACCUGGACGACUCGGAGGUGGCGCUCCUGCAAGCCGUCAUUCUCCUGAGCUCGGACCGGCCGGGCCUGAGCAGCGUGGACCGGAUCGAGCGCUGCCAGGAGGACUUCCUCCUGGCCUUCGAGCACUACAUCAACUACCGCAAACACAAGGUGGCGCACUUCUGGCCCAAGCUCCUGAUGAAGGUGACGGACCUGCGCAUGAUCGGGGCCUGCCACGCCAGCCGCUUCCUGCACAUGAAGGUGGAGUGCCCCACCGAACUCUUCCCCCCCCUCUUCCUGGAGGUGUUCGAGGACUGACGGUACGGGACACGACCCCCCACCCCCCUCCAAAAAAAACUCUGAAGCACUACUGUCGAUUCAUUCCAUACCGUAGGAGUAGCGUCAGGCCUAGUCUUGGAUGGAACCAUUCCUACAAAUGCGGGUACAUGUGAAUAGCAAUUUUAUUUUAUUUUUUUGUGUUGUUUUUUUUUUUUUGGGGUAUUUGAUUUAGUGUUUUUUUGUGUAAAUUUAUCUUCUUUGUAUCCUUGUUGUUUUUUUUUUUUUUUUUAAUUUUGUCUGUGCUUACGUGAUUGUUUUAGAACUUGGUCGUUCGCUAGCCAAUGUCAUGCCAGUGACUUUUCAGUUUUCAGUUGCACCUGAAAAAAAAAAAAAAAGUACCGUUUCCAAAAAGAGCGAGAAAAAGAUAAAAGAGAGAAAAAAAAAACAGAAGGCAUGUUUCCCGCCCUCCCACUCUUGGUCGCCUCUUCAACCGAAAACAAACAGAAAACAGGUACUACUCCUCAGUCGUUGUCAAUGUUUUACAGUGAAGCUAGCUUUGUAAUGUUGAAUUUAGGGAUUUUUUUUAAGGUUUGUUAUUGGCUGGAAAACAGUGGAAUCCUCUUGGAUGCUGCCAUUCUGGACUUCAGGUGAACACACACAAACACACACUCACACACACACGAACACAUACAGACACAGACAUACACACACAGACACAAACACACACAGACACAUACACAGACACACACGUGCACGCACACACAAGCACGCACACACAUGCACGCACACACAUGUACGCACACACAGACACACACACACACACUCAUGCAUCAUGACUGCACCCACAUCGAUGGCACAUUUUUUUAUUCUGUUUGUUUCCACGGUCAGGCACACGUACGUUUUUUUCCGGUCUUUUCCAGAUAAAAGCGCAUUCUCUGUUCCGCUCACCACCAGUCAAGGAACAGACAGCAUCAGCGAAGGAGCCGGCCAACUCACUUAAAAUUCACUUCUGUUGAAAGAUUUCUCUUGUUUGGUGCCAAAAAAAUAAUGUAAAAAAUGUGUUUUUCUUUUUUUUUUUAAUAGACAGAAUAAUGGAUCAUAUUCUGUUCUGGGGUCCAGGAGGUUUGACUCGACUGGACCCGGUUUGUAAAGGGACAUUAUAGGAUGUGGGUUCCACGGUCCCCACAAACGGUACCGUCGGAACCCUGCUCUGUUUGUCCCUCUUUGUGUGCCGUAGCUGUGCAGCAGUGUGGCCCCCUCAGGCAGCCGGCUAGGGGUCCCCCCAACUUUUGAUGUCCCCUUAAAUGAACACGGCGACUGAGGACCGCCCCCCCCACUCCCCCCACCUCAGUAAAAAGGGGCGGGGCAGUUUUGGGACGCUUUUUAUCGCGCCCACUCACGGAAACCUGUCUAACAUGUGACUUCACAGCGUGCAGCUAUUCAGUGCAAUAUGAACACCACACAAUUUACAUUUCAAGUCUUAAGUUCAAAACUUAAGUUUAAGAAAAAUACUUUUUUUCAGGAGAUUUCGUAAAGUAGAUAUUUUAGAGCAGCCCCCCCCACCCCACCCCACUCCACUCCAGGAAGCUCCUAAGCUGGCCAACCACCAGUUGGCUGCACAGUUUCAUCUGCGUCUUACAGGAAUUCACAUUUCACGUUAACUUAAGCAGUACGCACGGAGGUGGUGCUUCUCCUAGCACUGGCUGCUGCUUGUAAAUGUUGAUGAAAGAGGAAGAGAGAUCCUCACUCUAGAUUUUGAGCGGAUGUGACAUCGGACCGGACGCAGACUGACGUGCACGAAUAGUGUUGUUUUUUUGUUUGUUUGUUUUUUUCUACAUUCAUUCGAGUCUCGGUUGUUUUGUUCUUAAACCGUUUGUACCUGUCCUUCUCCAGAACCGUUACAAAAAAAAAAAAAGAGAACCAAGAAACGUCCGAUCGUUACGACGACGUGUACUUUAAUCAUUCACGCAAACACACUCCCUCACACACACACACACACACACACACGCACAGAGAAAACGGUCGAGCUUUUUUUCGGCGAAAGGAUGUUUUCGGGACGUUUAUUCCCCGUGAGUUAGCGCUGGGCUAGCCGCAGCAUCAGCGGCAGCGGCGGCACAUUUUCGGGGGUGUUUGAAAGGGUCUGGCCUUCGCCACUCACAGUUACCCUCUCUGUCUCAUGGACAUUGCACAGACAAUCAGCUUUAGGCCAGAGAGAGCCCCAAGCCCUGAGUCACCAUGGCAGCAAAGGGGGAGGGGGGGGGUCCUUGGCCACGCCCCCACAGUCUGACAAGGGGGGGGGGGAAUUAAUGUUGAUGAAAGAAUGUUAUAGUCUGUAUACGUAUUUUUUUUAACAAUGCGCCAUUGUGGAUAUUUGCUCUUACAAACUGUGGGUGUGCUACUCGGUGUUUAAAAAAAAAAACAAACAAAAAAAAAAAGAAUACAUUUAAAAAGCAUUAAAAAGCUAUAAGUAUAUUUAUAUAUUAUUAUAUAUAUAAAUAUACAAGGCUUCUAAAUAUUUUACAGUAUAAAGGAAAAGUCGUAUAUUUUCAGAAUGGUGAUAUUUUUACAGAUGUUAUAUGCCUACAAUGAAACAUUUUGCGGUUUCACGGACGUGACAAAAACAAGUUCUCUCAGAGGCGCAAAUGGUGUACCGAUGAGAGAAAAUAACAGCAAUUGUAAUUACGAAUUAUGAUAUUCAUAUGCAGCCCUGUUUUCAGCGUAACUUCCACCAUUCCAAGAGCGAGACUUUAGAAGCACUGUGCUUUCUCUGGUCCGGAGGGAAUCCCACAGGCCACGCUCUAGACUGACCUUGCAGUUUGACAGAAGAGCAGCCCUGAUCUCAAACAUUCAGUCCCUCAAAUUAGGCAGUUCUCCUCUCCGUCUCCCUCCUCCUCUCCCUCUCUGUCUCGCUCUCUCCAUCUCCCUCUGCCUGUCCCUCUCCUGCUCUGUCUCUCUCCCUCUGUCUCCCUCCCUCUCCUGCUCUCCAUCUCUCCCCCUCUCUGUCUCUCUCUCUCAUCUCCCUCCCUCUCUCUGUCUCUCUCCCCCCUCUGUCUCUCUCUCUCUCCAUCUCCCUCCCUCCCUCUCCUGCUCUUCGUCUCUCUCCUACACUCCCUCCCUCUCCUGCUCUCCAUCUCUCCCCCACUCUGUCUCUCUCUCUCAUCUCCCUCCCUCUCUCCGUCUCUCUCCCCCCUCUCUCUCUCUCUCAUCUCCCUCCCUCUCUCCGUCUCUCUCCCCUCUCUCUCUCCAUCUCCCUCCCUCUCUCUCCUGCUCUCCGUCUCUCUCUCCCCCUCUCCCUCGCACUCCGUCUGCUCGAACCCGAGCCACCGAAUCGUUUCUCUGUGCGUCCUGCUUCUUGCCGUGCAGCAGGCCAGGCGAUGCCGUGCGUCACUGCUGAACGGUGAGGCCCGGGCAGGGAGGGGCGAGAGGGGGGCGCGACCGGGUCCGUUUUCAAAAUGGCCGAAAGGCGUUGCGUCCCAAAUUUAACACGCAGCACCCCGGUGGCCCUCAGACAGCCGUUCCGGGGCGGAUUUGCACAGGUUCGAAUGUUGUUGCUGUGAAGUGCAUUAACCAAGCUGGGAAGACAAUGUUUAAAGUUGCACUAAAGAUGAUGAUGAUGAUGAUGAUGAUGAAAAUGAUGUUUUGGUUCUGAAAAUAAAAUGGUUUUGGAGAA